AUGAGCUACGACGUCCAGUUGCCCGAUACGAUGGACGAGCAACCCACGGCCGAAUUUAUAAACGCGCCUUCGCUGUAUCACGAUGCCCCAAGGAUGCAGUACCGCAAUCGACCAGUUUCUGUUGCGGUUGACCCUAUUUCCUUAGUGAUAUCCGAAUGCAUAUCAAUAACGUCUGCGGUACAAAAGCAUGCCAGGUCGCCGCACUCAUCCGUAUCAGCGAUCCUUGGCGGAAACCCCAAUUCAAUACAGCUGGGUACAGCUGGCCCAGUAUUGAAGGCGCGACAGAAAUCAUCGGCCACCAGUGUUGGAGUUGGCGAUAAUGCUCAAGACACUGGUUCUGUGAACAACCGAUGGGGGUUGCGUGGGCAAAAGGGGAAGAGCAUGCAAGACAACCCAAUGAUAGCGGCAUUUGGCCGGCUUCGGCAUGAGAUCACAGCCGUCAAAGAUGUCCGCACGUUCGACGCACCGUCGCUCCUGGCACCCUUUCUUCUUGUCAUUCAAGCCAAGGGAACUGCUGCUCCCGUCACAAUUCUCGCCUUGGGAGCCUUGAGGAAGUUUUUAGCUUAUGGAUUUGUUUGCGCCGAGUCACCAAGAUUUGCGCUUGCCAUGCAAUCUCUGUCUGCAGCUGUGACACACUGCCAGUUUGACAUCAGUGAUUCCUCACAAGGCGAGGUGGUUCUUCUUAUGAUUCUUAACCUUAUGGAAGAUAUGAUGUCUGGUCCCGGAGGCCACAUUUUGAGCGACGAAAGUGUUUGUGACAUGAUGGGCCGUGGUCUGGCAAUCUGCUCUCAACCAAGAUUCUCGCCAGUAUUGCGGAGGACAGCCGAAGCCGCUAUGGUUCGCAUGUGUCAAAUCAUAUUCGAAGACGUAAAGCAUCUGGAGCUGGAGUCUGGUGAGGAGAAUGAAGAACUUGAGCAGCGUGUCCAAGAGGACUUGGCCAGCCUAAGAAUUGAGGAAGCUGGCCACGCGGAGAACGAGGAAAUCCCUUUAGACACGAGGGGUUCGACCUCGCCGCAAAGGGAGUUACCAUCCAUGAUUGAUAGCGAACCCGAAGGCGUUGUAUCUUCAUCACAAAGCGCCAAGGAUACCACAAGUGAACAGAUGGAAGAAACGGAUUCUCUAGACCUCAAACCUUAUUCCCUCCCGUCCGUUCGAGAGCUGUUUCGAGUUCUCGUUAACUUUCUCGACCCAAAUGAUCGUCAACAUACAGACACAAUGAGGGUGAUGGCCAUGCGGAUCUUGCACGUUGCCUUGGAGGUGUCGGGUCCGUUUAUUGCCAGGCAUCCAGCCUUGGCAGCUAUCGCAGAAGAUCGUUUAUGUUGCUACCUCUUUCAACUCGUCAGAUCUGACAAUAUGGCUGUGCUACAGGAAUCAUUGAUCGUUACGGGCACCUUACUGGCUACGUGCAGAGGGGUUUUAAAACUACAGCAAGAGCUGUAUUUGUCCUAUUUGGUGGCAUGUUUGCACCCUACUGUCCAAAUACCUCGGGAGCCCGGCAUUGACCCUUCCCUCUAUGUGGGAAUACCAGAGACACCAAAGCUCGUAAAGCCUCCGCCCUCACAGGCCGGCAGUGGCCGUGCUACCCCUGUUUCCGUUAAGGACAGACAAAAGCUUGGCUUGGAAGGUGGCGCCCGGAAACCGGAUGCAAGACAAGCAAUGGUCGAAACUAUAGGCGUUCUUUGUAGGAUGCCUACGUUCGUCACCGAGUUGUUUGUGAACUACGACUGUGAGGUGGACAGAGCCGACCUUUGUGAAGACAUCAUCGGCCUAUUAUCCCGAAAUGCUUUGCCUGAUUCGGCCACAUGGAGUACAACCAGUGUGCCGCCGUUGUGUCUCGACGCUCUCCUUCGUUACAUACAAUUUCUAGCCGAGAGACUGCAAGAUGAUCCAGUCGAUGCAGGGUUCCCUCAUCCAUUACAUCUUCGAGAGCAGAGGCGAAAGAAAAAAAUCAUUGUCAAGGGAACCAGCAAAUUCAAUGAAAAACCGAAGGUAGGACUCGGCUACCUGCAAGUGCAAGGCAUCAUAUCCGAUGCAAAUAAUCCAGUUGAGGUUGCGAAAUUUCUUAAGGGGACCUCUCGGGUUUCCAAGACAGUUCUAGGUGAUUUUCUUUCGAAGAAGGGUAAUGAAGCUAUUCUCAAAGCGUUCUUGAACCUCUUUGACUUUUCUGGAAAGCGGGUUGAUGAAGCCCUGAGGGUCCUUCUAGAGACCUUCAGGCUGCCAGGCGAAGCACCGCUUAUUGCUUCAAUAGUUGAAUGUUUCUCAGAGAAGUAUUGUGCAGAUGACACGCCACAUGACGUGGCUAACAAGGACGGUGUAUUCAUUUUGACUUACGCCAUAAUCAUUCUGAAUACUGACCAGCACAACCCAAACCUCAAGUCCGCCAAAAGAAUGACUUUUGAAGAUUUUUCCAGGAAUCUACGCGGUACUAAUGAUGGGAAAGACUUUGCUGUAGAAUUUCUGCAGGCAAUUUUUGACUCCAUCAAGUCUAAUGAAAUCAUCUUGCCCGACGAGCACGACAACAAACACGGAUUCGAUUAUGCCUGGAGAGAACUUUUGUUGAAAACUGAAGCAGAGGGCGACCUAAUUAUUUGCAAGACAAACAUAUACGACGCCGACAUGUUCGCUGCCACGUGGAAGCCAAUCGUGUCAACGUUGUCUUAUGUUUUCAUGUCUGCGACUGAUGAUGCGGUAUUCGCUAGAAUUGUCACUGGCUUCGAUGAAUGUGCCCGUAUCGCCGCUAAAUAUAGGAACUCAGAUGCCCUGGACCAGAUAAUCUACUGCCUCAGCCACAUGAGUACGCUGGCUGCGGCCAGUGCUUUCAACACCUCACUGAACACAGAGAUUCAAGUCGGCGAUGGAAGCGUCAUGGUUAGUGAGCUAGCCGUGAAACUGGGAAGAGAUUUUCGUGCGCAACUAGCUACGCUCGUCUUGUUCCGGGUGGUUUCUGAUAACGAGACCCUCAUACACCGUGGCUGGAAACAAGUUGUACAGAUAUGGGUGAAUCUCUUUGUCAACUCCCUUGUUCCAUCAUUCGCAAUCACCAGCAACUUCCCAUUGACUAUACAGGGGAUUCCCUUGCAAAUGCCAUCCCAGGUCAUAGACCGGGCCAGCCGAAGCGCGGAAACAGGAUUCUUUAGCGCAUUUACCUCAUACAUCUCCAGCUAUGCCGCCGAUGAUCCUCCCGAGCCGUCGGAAGAGGAGCUCGAAAGCACUUUAUGCACUGUUGAUUGCAUCAAGUCUUGCAACAUGGACCGGGUGUUUCGAAAUAUUUACCAACUACCGGCCCGUAUAGCUGCAGAGGUGGUGCAGGCGCUUCUCGAUCAGAUCCCCGAGUCCGACCAGGGGGCGGUCAUCGCAGUCAAGCAAGAUGCUCUCCCCCCCGGGCCCGCAAGUGCUCAGACGCAAGCUUCCUUGCCACCAACGUAUGAUCCCAGCGUAGCUUACAUCUUGGAAUUUUGCACCAUCUUGGCAAUCCGCAAUAGCGAAUCUAUUAGUGUGAUGGGUAAGCCGGUGUUUGGUGCAAUGUUAGGACUGCUCCGGGAUCCUACACAGUGGCACCCUAUUACCUUAUCCCGAGCAAUUUUUAACGCCCUUUCGAUUCUUAAAAGCAGUUAUGACCACGACUUUGUCAAAGUACACUCGUUGCUCCACACCAUCGCAAACGUACCGCAGAAAGUGAUAACCAGAACUUCCAAAACUAUCUUGAGUGGAGUCGCGAUUUGUACCAACGAGCCUGGCCCACUGCGCAGCGAGAUAAUGAAGUCUCCGGAUUUUUGGGCCAUUCUUCGCAUGUUAGCCGGAGAUCCAGACUCUUCUGCAUCCGUAUUUGCGAUUUUAGAGAACGGGGCGACCGGAACACCACCUGCAAUUAUUGCAGACAAUUACGAGGCAGCUAUUUCUCUAUUGAACUUCUUCGCUUCUGCUGCAAUACCCCCGGAGCCAUCAGAAGUAGACAUAGAGACCACUCAGCGGAGAGGGGCCAGGUCUUUCAAAUCUGACAAUGACACCAUCGGCAGAGGAUGUAAGGCCAUCAAUGUGCUGCAAAGCAUGGCGGCUCGCGUGCCUCAACUUAUGCAACAGUCCCGUCUUGAGACGAGUGAAGCUUGGUCAGCAUACUGGCUUCCGAUAUUUCAAACGUUAACAACGCAGUGCACCAACCCUUGCAGAGAUAUUCGGCACCUUGCAUUCUCAGCCAUGCAACGUUCGCUCCUAUCACCGGAGGUAACACUCACAGACGCAAAGGAAUGGACAGCUAUCUUCGGCAAGGUGUUGUUUCCUUUAAUACAAAGGCUGCUCAAGCCAGAGGUCUUCUCCUCUGACAAAGACGGUAUGAGCGAAAUGCGGGUUCAGUCGGCAUCGCUCCUUUGCAAAGUGUUCUUGCAAUAUCUAGUGCUCCUUUCUGGCUGGGACGGGAUGCUAGAUUUGUGGAUUAAAAUUAUUGACAUUAUGGAUCGUCUUAAGAACAGCGGCCAGGGUGAUAGUUUGGAAGAAGCGGUGCGAGAAAAUCUAAAAAAUGUUGUAUUAUUCAUGGCGAGCAGUGGAUACCUUGUGUCUCCAACACAAGAUGCAUCAAAAAGGGCGCUAUGGGAUGAGACAUGGAAGCGAGUUGAUCGAUUCCUGCCAGAGUUACGAAAUGACCUCGCCUUGGAAGGGCUUGGAGUCAACCCAAACCCUGCCGAUAUGCAGGGAGGCGUUGCAGGUAGGAAACACGAAGAGGCAUCAGAUCAGGCUAGUGCACUCGCCGAUGAAAUGGACCGGGAAAGGGAGGAUCAGUCCGAAACCACAUAA